AUGUCUCGAAGCAGCUACGACCGCUACCUCACCGUAUUCUCGCCCGAUGGACGCCUCUACCAGGUCGAGUAUGCCUUCAAGGCCAUCACCACCGCCGGCCUCACCUCGAUCGCCGUCCGCGGAAAGGACUGCACCGUCGUCGUCGGUCAGCGAAAGGUCCCCGAUAAGCUGAUCGACGCCUCGACCGUCACCCACAUCUUCAACAUCACUGCCGAGAUCGGCUGCAUCAUGACUGGAAGGAUCGCCGAUGCCCGUUCGCAGGUGGCGAGAGCGCGCUCCGAGGCGGCCGAGUUCAAGUACAAGUACGGCUACGCCAUUACGCCGGACCAGCUCGCCAAGCGCAUGGCCAACAUCAACCAGGUUUACACGCAGCGGGCCGCCAUGCGCCCGCUCGGCAUCUCGAUGAUCCUCGUCGGCAUCGACGCCGAGCGCGGCCCCCAGAUCUUCAAGGUGGACCCCGCGGGCUACUAUGUCGGCUUCCGCGCCACGGCCGCCGGCUCCAAGCAGACCGAGGCCAACAACUUCCUCGAAAAGCAGUUCAAAAAGUCGACCAGCACCACGGCCAGCGGCGGCUCCGACGCCACGGCGACGGCGGGCUCGUCGAGCGGCGCCGGCGUCGUCGUCAGCCCGACGGACGCGGCCAGCGUCGAGGCGGCCGAGAUCAGCUCCAAGAUGUCGCGCGACGAGGUGCUGGACCUGGCGGUCAACACGCUCAGCACGGUGCUGGCGCAAGACCUCAAGGCGUCCGAGAUCGAGGUGGGCAUCGUCGGUGGGCCGCUGGCGGCGGCAGAGGACUCCAAGGAGGCGCUCCAGCAGAGGCGGUUCAGGACGCUCGACGAGGACGAGAUCAAUGUCAUCCUCGAGAGGCUCGCCGAGCGCGACUAG